AUGUCCCCCUCGCCUCCCCUCAAGCCCCUCGUCCUCUGGGGCGUCGAGCACGGCCCCAACCCGUGGAAGGUCGCCUUCGCCCUCGACGAGCUCUCGCUGCCCUACGACCACCGCAUCCUCGACUUCGCCGCCACCAAGUCCCCCGCCUUCACCGCCCUCUGCGUCAACGGCCGCGUGCCCGCCCUUCAGGACCCCAACAACGCCGACUUGGUGCUAUGGGAGUCUGGCGCCAUCCUCGAGUACCUCCUCGAGACCUACGACCACGACCGCCGGCUGUCGUUCCCCCCCGGCACCCAGGACCACUUCCUGGCCAGGCAGUGGCUGCACUUCCAGGUCUCCGGCCAGGGACCGUACUUUGGCCAGGCCGUCUGGUUCGCCCGCCACCACCCGGAGCGCCUGCCCACCGCCGUGGAGCGCUACGUCGGCGAGGUCCGCCGCGUCACCGGCGUGAUUGAGAGCGCCCUCGCCGACGGCCGCGAGUAUCUGGUCGGCGGCCGUUACAGCUACGCGGACCUCGCGUUCCUGCCGUGGUUCGCGGUCGCCUACUUUCCGUGGUAUGACAAGGCGGGCAAGGGCACGUUCGCGGACGAGGUCAAGCUCGCCGAGUUCCCCCACGUCGAGGCGUGGCUGGCGAGGAUCCGCGCGCGGCCGGUCACGGCCAAGUCCCUGGAAGACAAGUUUGCAACGAUAGAGAAGCGGCACAAGGAGCUGGCGCAAGGUCAAACGUAG